GCCCAUUUUUUCACGGUGAGUUUACUUGGUGAAAAGCCAUGGGUUUCGGAGCCUCCAGAUCGAUAAUCCGACUCGUAUCCCGAACCGUCUUAUUUACCCGACCCGCUUCACUUGUUCCCUGCAGCAACCACUCCGUCUCUACCACCGCAGCUCCGCCACCUCCUCCCUGGUUUCCGCCGUCCUCCGCCUUCAACAGUCUGACCGACACCCGCUACCCGAAACGCUGGCCUAGCGACAAGCCUCGACGGAAAAGAGCCGGCUUAAGACCCCUAGGGCCAUAUGCAUGGGUGGAAUAUGUGCCGGGUGAACCGAUACUUCCCAACCAACCCAAUGAGGGAAGUGUGAAACGAAGGAAUGAAAAGAAGCAAAUCAAACAGCAUCUUGCAUUUAUAUUGUCUGAAAAGAAGAAGCAUAAAGCUCAGUUUCAAGAGGCCAAACGGAAGAGGAACAUGCAGAGGGUGGAGCGGAAGAUGGCAGCAGUUGCAAGGGAAAGAGAGUGGGCUCAAAGAUUAAUUGAACUGCAACAGCUUGAAGAAUUAAAGAAGCGAGCUUUUGCUUGAUACAUUAAUCUGUAACAAUUUCAUUUCUAUUUUUCUUUUGGUCAUUUUUUGAUUCAUUUCUUUUUGUUUUAUCCUUUCUUUUGUAUCAAGUUACAUGUUCUUGUGAAAGCCAAAAUACGGAUCAUGUUGAAAGCAACCAUUUUUUGUAUCAUAUUGGUACAAAUUGAAUAAACUUCUUGUGUCACUUCUUUUCUA